AUGCAAACCUCGCCCUCGAGGGCGGGCGCGUCGGUGCCUCCACUUUCUCUAGCCACCACGGGCUCGAGGCUCACUACCAACAAUGUCAAUAUUCACAAUGCGGCGACGGCAGCAUUAACCGGCAGCGGCGCCAGCCCCACGCAGAACAAAACUGGCUGCCGGGACUGGACGCACGACUUUGUGGCCAAGCGAACGGCCAAAAAGGACCUGCGCGAACGCCUCUUCGUCGUCCUGGUCAAGCGCAUGGCCCAGCUGUCGAUGGCCCGGCUGGUGCGCGAGGAAACGAGCAUGCUCUCCACCCUCUUGGGUCGCCGACCGCCGCCAAUCGACGUCAAGGGCGUGGGUGGACCCGCCAGCAAGCCGCUGCAGGAGAACUCCGACAACAAGUGCUACUGCGGACGUCCGUUUGGGUUCUUCAGCCAGCACAAGAAGCGAUGCGCGCUGUGUCUCGACUGGUUCUGCGAUGCGUGCGUCAUGCAGCGCGUGCCGCUCCACCUCGUGAACAAGGUCGAGCGUGCCCUGUCGCCCACCGACGUGCCCAUGCUCAACACCUGCGAGGAGUGCACCCGCAUCGCCUACGCCUACGUCAGAGCGAUUCUGCUCGAAGGCCGCAACCACCCGCUGCCGGCCUUGUACCACUUCAUAAUGGAGGAGGACCAGCGCAUCGCACACAGCAUGUUCGGCUACGCCAAGAUGGUGAACGACCUGCGCGCCGUCGACGAGCAGGAGCGGGCCAGGCGUACCUCGCUCGACUACACCUCGUCGCCCGUCGUCCACAACUCUGUUCUUUCCGCCGCCUUCCAGGAAGCGCUGGAGGCGGGGCAGGAGAUCGAGCAGCUCAUGUACUCGAUGACGGUCAGGAUCGAGCAGCUGGGGAAGGGCAUCCCCUUCUCGGGGCCGGAUUCGAUGGUGGUGCAGGAGCCCUCCUAUCUGACCCAGAGCCCCGCGGACUCGCCCAGGUCGGCGUCGUCCUCCAACCCCACCUCUCCGCGCGCCUCCACGCUCGCCCUGCCCAGCGGAGGACCCUACAUGCUGUCAUCGCGCUCGUCAUCCACCUCAUCGCUCGACUCGGUCAUCAACGUGCCCGUGGUGGAGCCGCCACCCAAGUCGGAGGCCCAAAACGACGUCCCGCUGUGGCACCCCACCACUGAGACCGACGUCGAGCUGCUGGGCAAUGUCUCCACCACCCUCCGAGAUCGCUUGGAGGAGCACCGACAUUUCUACGACGCCCUGCACAUGCAAAUGAUGCUCCUGGAACUGCGGCUACUGCGCGAGGUGUAUGUGACCGUGUUCCAGCUGUCCUACGAGCUGCGCGAGUUGUUCAACAUCAACGGACAGCACAACGAGGAGAGCACGGGCGUCAACGUCUACCUCCUGCUCAUGCAACUCCUCAAGGUCUGCAAGCAGGAGCUCAAACAGCUCGUCAACAAGAUCGAAGACGCCAACUGGACACACUAUGAGGAGGGCAUUGCGGGCCUGGUGCGAAAGCGUCUGGACAACAGACGGCUGAUCGACAUCCCGCCGUUCGUGCUGCGAGAGCUCACGCCCGACGCGCUCACCGUGCUCGUCGUCGCCAAGUUCCUGGGAAUCGUCCGCGUGGAGGAGAAGAAGCUGGAGCUGAGAACAGCAAAGAGCCGAUUCGUGAACACGAAGAAGAACUUCCGGAAUCUGGAGACGAUCGUCACCAACACGUGCCUCAAGCAGGACGAGGAGGAACGCGCGCGGGAGAAGAGCAAGCAUGUCAGCCACCUCGACGAGAAGCUCGCCAAGCAGCAGCAGCCGCAGCCGACCAAGACAGCCUUCAUCCUGCCACCAUCGCCCCAGCACGCCCAGCCACAACAAUCGCAGCCACCACAGCCCAAGCAGCAGCCUCAGCUCAAGCCACCACCGCAGCACGUACCGCCAGUCGGUGCGGGCGUGCUGCCGCUGCUCGCCGACACCACCGCCACGGCCGACAAGCAGAAGCAGCGGGAGCGAGCACUCUCGCUGGACCAGGGCCACAGCGCCGCCAGGCCCAAGUUCGCGGGCGGCGCCAGCAGUGACCGCGAGGACGGACCUGUCGCCCGGCCCCAGGGACGAGAGAAGGCCAAGGAGGCGGUGCCCUCCCCGCCCGCGGUCAACGGCAACGGCGGCGUUCUGAACGGCGUCAUGCGCAAGGUGGGCGUGGCCUGA